AAUGUUCCCUGUGAAAUUGAUCGAUUUGUAAUGGUCUCCAUCUAGAUCGGAAUUCAAGGAUUUCUCUACUAACAUUAGUGAAAGUGAUUUGGACUUUGAUACAUUUAAAUUAGAGCAAGUCCAUAAACCUCCAUAAAUAAAGAAAAGUUCUUCUUACCCAAGAAAUUAUGUAUUAUAAUUAACACUAUUUUUUUAGUAUAAGUAACAACUAAUUGAAGAAAGCAACAUUGAAGGUGAUCAAAUUAUUUAGGAAUGCAAUCGAUUUAUUUAAGACCAUUAAGUUUCUGUCACUUAGCUUCUUCAAGAAAUUGCACUUGAAUUUCCAAAAAGAAAUAGAAGCACUGGUUAUUUAAAGUUCUUUGAUGAGAACAAAAACUAUGGAUUUAUUGUUAUGGACUCAGAUGGUUCAGAUAUAUUUGUAUAUGCUGAUGAUCUUAUUAAAACAGGCAUUUCAAAAGAGUUUUUAAGAACAGCUAAAUUUGGAAAUUAUAUCAGGUAUUCUUCUAAUUUAAUAUAUUAGAUUUACUUUCACUUGCAUGGAAUAUUAUGGUAAAUAUAACAAAUCAAGAAAAGCCGUUGAUUUGGAGUAUCAAAAGCCAAAUUCAUUCUUCCAAACCAUAUACUGA